AUGCCGCAGAUCACGAUGGGCUUGCAGACCAUUCCUACUUACAUCUUUGUCUUCCUCUGCACUUUUCCUUCCACAUCACACUCCAGGAAUGCCAAGCUGUGCUGGCCUUCUACCCCAUUUCCACUAUUUUGCCCCGCCGACGCGGCUUUUUGCCGCCGUGGAUUUUUGACCCCGCCGCUGCGGGUUUUUGCGGCUUUAUGCCCCCGCCGCCGUUGCUUUCUGCCCCCGCUGCCGCGGCUUUCUGCCCCCGGCCUCGCGGAAUUUAGCCCCUGCCGCGGCGGCUUUUUGGGGCUCUUUACCCUGGCCGCAGCGGAUUUUUCCCUCGCCGCCGCCACGGCUUUUUGCCCCCGCCGCGGCUUUUUGCCGACGCAGCUUUUUGCGUCUUUCUCCCCCCGCUGCCGCGGCUUUUUGCCCCUGAAGCCACGGCUUUUUGCGCUCGCCGCCGCGGCUUUUUGCGACUUUUUUCCCCCUGCUGCCGCAGCUUUUUGCUCCCGCCACCGUGAAUUUUUCCGCCGCGGCUUUUCAUGGCUUUUGGCCCCCAGCGCCGCGUCUUUUUACUGCUUUUCGGCCCCGCCGCCGCAGGUUUUUCCCGCCGCGGCUUCUUGCCCUGCCGCCGUGGCUUCUUGCCCUGCCGCCCCGGCUUUUUGCGGCUUUUUGCCGCCGCGGCUUUUGGCCCCCGCCACCGCGGCUUUUUACGCUUUUUUCCCCCGCCGCCGCAGGUUUUUCCUGCCGUGGCUUCUUGCCCCCACUGCCCGGGCUUUUUGCGGCUUUUUGCCCCUGCCACCACAGCUUUUUACCCCCGCCGCCGCGGCUCCUUGCCCCCUACGCGGCUUCCUGCCCCCGCCGCCGCGGCUUUUUAUCACCCCAGCAGCUUUUUGCCCCCGCCGCCACGGGUUUUCGCCCCUGCCGCCGAGAGUUUUUGCGGCUUCAUGUCCCCGCCGUCAUGGCUUUUUGCCGCCCCUGCUUUUUGCCCCCUCCGCCGCGGCUUUUUGCGGCUUUUGGCACCAGACGCCGCGGCCUUUUGAGGCUUUUUGCCCCCGCCGCCGCGGCUUUUUGCAGCCGCCACACCGUUUUGCCCCCGCCGCGCCUUUUUGCCCACGCCGCCGCAUCUUUUUGCCGCCGCAUCUUUUUGCCGCCGCGGCUUCUUACCCCGCCACCGCGGCUUUUUGCCCCUGCCGUCGCGGCUUUCUGCCCCCGACGCUGGGGCUUUUUACGGCUUUUUGCCCCCGUCACCGCAGCUUUUUGCCCCCGCCGCCGCGGCUUUUUGCCCCCGCCACAGCAGCUUUUUGUCGCCGCGGCUGUUUGCCUUGGCUGCCGUGGCUUGUUGUCCCCGCCGCCGUGGCUUGUUGCCCCGUCGCCCCGGCUUUUUCCCUCACCGCCCGGGCUUUUUGACCCCACCGUUGCGGCUUUUUGCGCCCGCUGCCGCGGCUUUUUGCGGCUUUUUGCCCGCGCCGCCGCGGCUUUUUGCUCCAAUCACCGCGGCUUUUUACCCGCUGCCGCGGCUUUUUGCCGACACGGCUUUUUACUCCCGCCGCCACAGGUUUUUACCGCUGCGGCUUUUUCACCCCGCCGUCGCGGGUUUUUGCCCCCACCGCCGCGGGUCUGAGGGCGGGAUCGGCAGACUCGGCUGCCAGAUCUACCGGCGUCCUGGAUAAGGCAGCACCGAGGGUCACUCCUGGUCCAGCUCUCCCGGUUCGGGGGUUCCUUGCCUAGACACCCGCGCCCCAGGCUCUGUUCCUGGGCUGCUGCAGCCUGCAUAGAGCGGCGCUGCGCUCGGCCCUGAUGGGAGAGAAGAAGGAGAGCGGUGGCGGGGGUGACGUGGCUAUCGCGGAGGGAGGUGCAGGGGCCGCAGCCAGCCGGGUGCUGCAGCAGUGCGGGCAGCUCCAGAAGCUCAUCGGCAUCUCCGUUGGCAGCCUGCGCGUGCUGCGCACCAAGUGCGCUGUGUCCAAGGACCUCACCCAGCAGGAGAUACGGACCGUGCAGGUGAGGAAACCGAAGACCUGAGGGAGAAAUGACUUGCCAGGAACCCCUGUUAAGGAAAAUUAACAAAGUGUGGUUAUCAAAGGAGAACUGAGUUCGGAUUCAGACCUGGAGUCCCACACCCUUGGUUAAGACAUUAUACCACCUUGAGUCUGGCCUGUUGACUGAGGGUGAGCCACUCCAUCCUCGUCUGAUUGUGGGGUCUUGACCUCAAGUGGUUUCCUUCAGGAAGAAGCAAAUGGGUUUGCUUUCCUACCUCUGUCCAGUACCUUAGGGACCCUGAGAACUGGAGAGAUUCUUGGAGAGCCAUCUGGUGUAUGUCAUGGGUGGGCCUUGUUUGAAAGUCAGUCUGCCCAGUGGGCUGGCUCAGCCCGAAUGAACUGUCUUGAAUCUUUGGAGAUGUCUGUGUACUUUUAAGGGUUUCUCAUCCUUGCACCAAAAGAUCCCCUGGAAAUUAGGUGGGAAAACCUUAAUUUUUGUGGAGCCUUGUAUUUGUCUUAAAAGUUCAUGCACAUAGCCAGGUGUGGUGGCUCACGCCUGUUAUCCUGUCCUGGAUCCCUUGAGUCAAGGAGUUUGAGACCAACCUGGACAAUAUAAUGAGACCACAUCUCUACAAAAAAUAAAAUAUUAGCCAGGAGUGGUGUGCACUACUGUGGCUGAGGUGGGAGGAGCACUUGAGCCUGCACUGAGCUGUGAUCUCACCAGUGUGUUCCAGCCUGGGCCACAGAGCAACACCUUGACUCAAAAAAAAAAAAAAAAAAAAAAAACCAACAAGAAAAAUUCUUGAAGAUUUUGCAUUCUGUCCCACUAUCCAUUGGUUUUCAUGUCAAGAUAAUGUCAGAAAUUCUUUACAAUUGCUUCCAGAAGGAGUAGCCUUUUGAUCUAGUGCACAGGUGUCCAGUCUUUUGGCUUCUCAGGGCCACAUUGGAAGAAGAAUGCUCCUGGGCCACAGAUAAAAUACACUACUGCUAAUGAUAGCUGAUGAGCUUAAAAAAAAAAAAAAAGGUUUGUGCAUAAUUUUCAUGAUACCCACCACCACAGAUAGGCGGAAAAGUCCUUGUAGUCAAAGGG